CCACAUGGGGAUGCAUGACAUGUAGCGAUCGAACGAUAGAUAGCUAGAUGUGGCCUGCCACCAACUAUCUUCUUCUUCUUCUUCUUCACUUACUUGUCCAUCUUCUUUCUUCUUCUUCUCCACUUACUUGUCCAUCUUCUUCUCCUCCUCCUACCUAGCUUAUUGUUGUUGGUAGCUAGCGAGCUCACUCCUCACUCACUCUCUGCCCUUCCUUUCCUACCAUACCUCUCAAUUAUUCCUUUCCUACCAUACCCCUCAAUUAUUAGUAAGAUCGAUUAUUAGUCCCAGUUAGUUGCUAGCUACAAGGAAUUGAAGCAACAAGUUGUAGCAGAUUGAGAGAGAGUUGGGAAGAAUUACACAAGAAAUUUAGAGAAAUAGUACUAGCUAGCUAGCAAGAAUAUAGAUAUAUAAUGUCGAUCAAGCACUGCGAGCAACACAAGGAUUGCGAGCGGCAGCGCCUGUACCGGCGUUGCUGCGCGGCCAUCUUCGGCAUCCUUCUCCUCCUCCUCCUCAUCGUCCUCAUCGUCUGGCUCAUCCUCCGCCCCACCAAGCCUCGCUUCUACCUCAACGACCUCACCGUCGUCUGCCUCAACGUCACCACCGGUGGUUCCUACGCCGGCGCCACCGCCUCCUCCGGCUACUUCUCCUUCCUCACCGUCACCAUGCAGACCACCCUCGCCGCCCGCAACGGCAACGAGCGCGUGGGCAUCUACUACGACCGCGCCGACGUGUACGCCGAGUACAAGGGCCUCCGCAUCACCGUGCCGACGUCGCUGCCGCCGGUGUACCAGGGCCACCCGGACCUCACCGUCUGGUCCCCUUUCCUCUCCGGCAACAACGUCCAGCUCCCGCCCUACCUCGCCGUCUCCAUCACCCAGGACGAGACCGCCGGCUACCUGCUCGUCACCAUCCGCGUCGACGGCUGGAUCCGCUACAAGGCCGGCGCCUUCAUCACCGGACACUACCACCUCCGCGUCAGGUGCCCCGCCCUGCUCAUCGUCAACGACGGCCGGGGAAGCUACGGCUCCAACUCCGGCGGCGGCAACGGCUACUUCAGGUUCCAGCGAGCCGCCGCCUGCGUCGUCGACGUCUGAUCCAUCCAUCCAUCUCCUCAUCCUCCUCUCAUGCAUCCAACAAAUCAUAUCAUCCUUAAUUAAUUCUCCUCCUUCCAUAUAUAAUUGCUUGCUUAAUUGAUCGAUCUACAUUCUACAAGCACAGCCCUGAUGAAGAAGCUAUAUAAUUAAAAGCUCAGCUCAACUGAUCGAGUGAGGAUCGGAGUAAUCUUGCAUAUAUGCCUGCCACCAGUGGUUUUAUGUAUUUACAGUACGAAUUAAUUUGACCUUUUUCUUACUUAAUUUUCAUGCCUGUGUUUUUUUUGGUACUACGUACAGUGCCAUGCUUGUGGCUAGCUGCAUGGUUCAGGUGUACAGCUACUUGUAGUAAUAAUUCGCAUAUAGAGAGGGGAUAAUUAAGCAAUUGCUACAAUCUUGUAAUUACUACUAGAAUAUAUAAUAAUUGUACUUAUCUUCACAUGCAUACUACAUAGUUGCAACAUUGUAAUCAAUUAAUGUUCUGUUCAUUUUUCAACAAAGAGUGUUCGUCUUCACCUUCAA